AUGGAAUUUGAAAGAACGCCCUCACGUGACCUCGAAAAGGGUCCCACUCAAGCUAGUUACGAUGAGCUACAAUCCAACCAGGGCGAACAUCAUCAUCAAGGUAACGACCACCAGGGAAACCAGACCGAUCAUGACCACCACAGACCUCUGGUGUCACGACUCGUGCAUGCCGUUUCCGUGGACGGCCAAUACGUGCAUCUGGGCGACGCCACUUAUCGUCGCGAUGAGCUGGCCAACGCUUUUGCCGGAGAAUUGAACCCGGGAAUCCACCACCGUCGGCCUUCCAAUUUGGCCAAUCCAGUACCUUUGGGACUGGCGUCUUUCUCGUACUGCACGCUGGUGCUAUCGCUUCUGAACGCCCAGGUGCGUGGUGUCACCAACGCUAAAGUCGUAGUCAGCGCAUGUCUGUUUUUCGGCGGCUGCAUCGAGCUUUUCGCGGGUCUGCUGUGCUACCCAACCGGCAACACAUAUGCCAUGACCGUUUUUGGCUCCUUUGGCGGGUUCUGGAUCAGCUACGGAUGCAUUCUACUGGACCAGUUUGGCAUUGUUUCUUCAUACAAAGACGACCCGCAAAUGUUGGCAAAUGCAAUGGGAUUUUUCUUGGCCGGAUGGGCAGUUUUCACAUUCCUCAUGUUGCUGUGCACGCUGAAAAGUACAUGGGGAUUGUUUCUGCUGUUUUUCUUCCUAGAACUCACCUUUUUAAUGCUCACAAUAGGCACCUUUAUUGGUAAUGAAAACGUCAAUAAAGCCGGUGGCUAUUUCGGUAUCUUGAGCAGUUUGUGCGGGUUCUACUCACUCUACAGUGGUGUGGCUGACUCCUCCAACAGCUAUCUCCCAGUACGUGCCUACUACAUGCCCAAUGCUCCAACCGUUUGA